CUAAACUCUGACUAAAGCAAAACAACCUACCUAGAGCGUUUGUAAAUGUCGCCACCAGGUGGCUUGAAAAUGCCAGUGUGCACAAACGAAAAUAUGUUUUCUAUGGUUAUGUUCUCUAUGAACUCCAAGAAAUGUGAGGUUAAGAAGUUUGGAAGUUUAAAAUUCUCGUGUUUAUCGCAAGUUGUGAAAAGAGAAAAUUGUGAUAAUGGGAAAAAAUAAAGCCAAUAAAGUACAUUUAGUGUUCGAUGCCGAUAAAAGAAGGGAAUUCCUGACAGGUUUUCGUAAACGAAAAUUGCAGAGAAAGAAAAAUGCCAAAGAUGAAUUCGAGAAAGCUUUGAAGGAAGAGAGGAAAAGAAUUAAAGCAGAAUCAAAGGAAUCAUAUAAAAAAUUAGUAGCAUCAAAUCGCGACAUUCCUGAACUCGAGAAUUUGUUGGAAGAAGAGUAUGAAGACGACGAUGCCACUGUUAAAAUAAUUACUUUAUCAACAGAAAAUAUUGCAAAACAGAAUAAUUGGAUUGGAGAAAACCGUCCUAUAUACUCAACAGAUCACGAAGAUGAAGAAGAUGAUGAUGAUGAAACCAUUGAGGAAGAUGAUGAAGUUCCUGGUAUGGAAUUAACUGAGAAGAUCGUAAAGAAAGAGCAUACCAAAAAAGAAAAAUUUGACAGUGAAAAGACUUUGAAAAAAAAAUUGAAACACCUUGCGACCAAAAGAGUACAAAAGAGCAAAGUUUUUCAAAUGAAGAAUAAACUUGAGAGACAGAAGCAACAGAAGAAAUCUAUGAAACAAAGGAAAUUCAAGGAAAAAACUAUGAAUAAAACUAAAAGAGGUGGAAAGAAGAGAUGAUAUCUCAUUUUUAUUAUUAUUGAUUAAUUUAUUUUUGUGAAUAUUGAACGAAUAAGUUAAUUAAUACACUUUUAAGUGUAUAAGUAUAUCUAAAAUAGCAUAUUAUAAAAUCGACAUUCUUGAAAUGUAGAUUCUAAAAUUGUACUGACCUAAACAUUCUUUGAGUGCAAAUGUGAAUAUAUACCCUGCAUUAAAUCUAUUCAAAAAUAACUACCCCCCAACUAAGAA